GUACCAAGUAGCAGUAGAAGCAACCCUCCUCCUCUCUAACUCCAUCAAACAUUUCUCAAAGGAACCCACUUCAAAUCAGAAAGAAAGAAGGAACCUUUUUGUUGUUUCCUAAUCUGCCCUCUUAUCUUUUGAUGUGUCCAAAUCCUGCCUUGUUGUGAUGCAAUUAUGCAUAAAUGCAAGGUGCGUGGUGCUUCUAAUAACAUGGAAAGGAGGAGAAGGGUUGGCAUCGUUGGAGCCGGACCAAGUGGACUCCUAGCCUGCAAGUAUGUCCUCGAGAAAGGGUUCGAUCCGAUCGUGUUCGAGUCCGAGAACGACGUGGGUGGGAUCUGGUCAUCUCGUACGAUCGCAUCCACGAAGCUUCAGAACUCGAAAGGAACGUACCGGUUCACUGACUUCCCCUGGCCCGAGUCGGUCCAGGAAGUGAAUCCACCACACACUGAGGUCCUGAAGUACAUGAAGGCGUAUGCAGAACAUUUUGGGAUUCUCCAACACAUCAAGUUCCACUCCAAGGUUGUUGGGAUAGACUGUGUUGGUGAGUCCUUGGAGGAGAUGAAGUCUUGGGUUGUUUGGGGUGGGAAUGGGAAGCCCUUUGGUUCAUCAUUGCCAUCCAAAGGGAAGUGGCAGGUUAGGGUUCAGGAUGUGAGAAGUUUAAGUAUUGAGGGGCAGGUUUAUGAGGUUGAAUUUGUGAUUCUCUGCAUUGGGUUGUAUAGUGGGUACCCAAACAUCCCAGAUUUCCCUCCAAAUCAAGGGCCUGAGGUUUUCAAGGGCAGAGUGGUCCAUUCAUGGGACUACUCAGCAAUGGGGAGUGAGAAGGCGGCUGAGUUUGUGAAAGGGAAGAGAGUUGUUAUUGUUGGCUCUCAGAAGACUGCAAUUGACAUUGCUGCAGAAUGUGCCAAGGCAAAUGGGCCUGAGUUUCCUUGCUCAAUGGUUCAAAGAACAACUCACUGGACAAUCCCUAGUGAGACUCUGCUAGGGAUCAACAUUGGUUUCUUGUACUUGAAUCGCUUCUCAGAGUUCUUGAUUCACAAGCCUGGUGAAUCUCUCCUUCUCAGCUUGUUAGCCACAUUCCUCAUGCCAUUGAGAUGGGGAAUCUCCAAGAUGAUAGAAUUCUACCUGAGAUGGAAGCUCCCACUCAAGAAACAUGGGAUGGUACCAGAACUCAGCUUCUUCCAAGACGUUUCCUCGUGCCACACAUGCAUGUUGCCCGACAAGUUCUACGACAGGGUGGAAGAAGGAAGCAUCGUCAUCAAGAAAUCCAAAACCAUAAGCUUCUGCGAAACUGGAAUCGUGAUCGGCGACGGUCGAUUGGAGCCUGUCGUGGAAGCAGACGUCGUGAUCCUGGCGACAGGAUACAGGGGAGACCAUAAGCUCAGAGACAUCUUCGAUUCCCCUGCUCUGCAGAAAACCAUCACUGGGGCUUCUUCCAUUGUCCCACUUUACAGGCAAGUGAUUCAUCCUCGGAUCCCACAGCUAGCGGUGAUCGGGUACGCGGAGAGCCUGUCGAGCCUGUCCGCGACGGAGAUCAGGUGCCAGUGGCUGGUGGAGUUCCUGGCGGGGAAGUUCGAGCUUCCGAGUGUGAGCAAGAUGGAGGAGGAAGUGAGGGUUUGGGAGAAGUUCUUGAGGAGGCACAGUGGAGGGAAGUCUAGGAGGGCAUGUAUAAGCAACUUCCACAUAUGGAACAAUGACCAGUUCUGUAAGGACAUGGGGUUGCAGAGUAGGAGAAAGAAAGGGUUUUUGAGGGACUUGUUUAUGCCAUAUGGACCUGCAGAUUACACUGGUCUUCUUGCUGACUGAAAGUUCAUAAGUCCCUUUUCCCCCCCCCAAAGGUUCAAUUCUUUGCCAUUUGAAGGGGAAGGAUAUAUGUGUUAUGUGGUAAGUGUAGUUGUUUGGUGAUUUUUUUGUACAGAGCAAUUUGUACUUGUUUUUAGCUUGUUUGGGUUUUUUUCAUGUAUAAUAGGAGGAAACUAAUUUAUGAGUAUGGCCCAAUCCACUGAAAAGAGAAGGAAUUCCAAAUGUUGCAAAGAGUUGAUUAGGGGUGUUCAAACGGUUUGGUUACCAUGGUAACCGUUUUAACCGGUACUAUUUGGAUAAUUUGGUUUGGUUAAUUUGGAUAAUUGGUUUGGUUUGGUUAAAGUUUUUAGCUUGUUUGGUUUAGGUGGUUU